AUGAAGUUUGUACAGCUUGGAAACAGCGGUCUCCGUGUCGCUCCGAUUGGUGUGGGCUGCAUGAGCUUUGGAGACCCCAGCGGCCGCUUCAAGUGGUCAUUGCCGGAAGACGAAGCAUUGCCAGUGCUGAACUACUGCUACGAAUCCGGUCUCAACUUCUUUGACACAGCGAAUGUCUACUCGAAUGGCUCGUCUGAAAAGAUUCUGGGGCAAGCGAUCAAGAAAUACGGAUGGUGCCGAGAACGCAUUGUCAUCGCAACCAAGGUAUUCUUGCCCGUCGGCCGCGGCGCCGAUGAACCAAUGGAUAUGACAGAAGAAGAAAGAGACAAUGCUGGCUACGUAAAUCAAUACGGACUGAGUCGCAAGCAUAUCUUCGAAAGUGUGGAUGCUAGCCUGCAGAGGUUGGACCUCCCCUACGUCGAUUUACUCCAGAUCCACCGGUUCGACCCCUCCACUCCGGUGAAAGAAACAAUGGAAGCCCUCCAUGACAUUGUCAAGUCCGGCAAAGUACGUUACAUCGGCGCUUCAUCGAUGUGGGCCCAUCAACUCCUCGAAUACCAGUACACUGCUCGGAUCCAUGGCUGGACAGAGUUUAUCUCGAUGCAAAACCUUCACAAUUGUAUCUAUCGAGAGGAAGAGCGGGAGAUGUAUCCUGCCUGUGCUAAAUUUGGCAUGGGCGGAGUUCCAUGGAGUCCCGUUGCGAUGGGAUUUCUGGCUCGUCCGUGGCAGGAAUUCUCAAACACUCAGCGUGGGGAGGGCCAGGGUCAGGGUUUCUUCGGUCAGCCGGCGUCUGAGACAGACAAGAAGAUUAAUGAGCAGAUUCAGAGCAUUGCGAAGCAGCAUGGUGUGUCAAUGGCGACCGUGGCAAUUGCAUGGUCUCUCUCUAAGCCAUUCGUUACGGCUCCCAUCCUGGGAUUGAGUAAGAAGGAGCGAGUCGACGAGGCCAUCAAGGCGAUCUAUUUGGAGCUCAGCCCUGCGGAGCUGAGCAGCAUUGAUGAUCUCUACGAGCCCAAGAAGGUGAUUGGCCAUGCGUAA